GACCUGUUGUUUUUUUUUUCUUAGUAUUGGACUGUGUGUAGGUUAAGUCGAGUAAAGGGAUGGGAGAUCGCCACCAAGAAGUGGUGAAGUUUUUUGGUGCAAUUCCCUGGUUACAGCAGCUGUCUGAAGCCGAUAUUGUCAAGGUUGCUCGAGCUGUUUCUCCUAAACGAUUUGGAGCUGGAGAAGUGAUCGUCCACAAAGGCACGACCGGUGAUGGCUACUAUUACGUCUGGAAGGGACAAGCUGUCGUCGCGUCUACUAUCGACUCAGCUGAGUGCGUACUAGGAAAUGGGCACUACUUCGGAACAAUUGGCUUCGAUUCCGAGGACAUUCUUGAGACAACUGUUGCUGCUCGGGACGAGGUCAUAUGCUUAGUUCUCUACCAUACAGAUAUUGCACUUUUGUUUCCGGAUUAUUUAUGGAAGCAAGGCUUAACGGUGGAACGUAUGUUGCGGCUUGAAAACUUGGAAGAGGACUGCUGGCAAGGAAAUAAUUUGGAAGGAGCACCAUGCGGGGUUUUAUUCGGCCCGAAGGGGCAACCUCCUCGAAAAGUAAUGUUUGGUGGACAGUUUGUUGGUCAGGCUCUAGCUGCAGCUGUGAAGUCCGUGGAACCAUCCCUAUCAGUUCACAGCCUUCAUUCAUACUUUCUCUACGUUGGGGAUUUUUCUUUGCCAGUUUCUUACAAAGUGGAAAAAAUUCGAGACAGCCCGGCCUUCGCGACUCGAAAUGUGACUGCAAUCCAGAGAGGCCGAAAAGUUUUCACUUUGUUGGCGUCAUUUCAGAGACAAGAAGAGAGUAUCACGUACCAGGAUCCUAUGCCUCAUACACCAGAUCCAACUCGGCUCCGGUCCCACGAACGGACAACGCUGUCGCAACUAGGUGAUCCAAGAAUUCCCAUGAAAAUGAGGGAAAAUCUUGCCCUUUAUCCCAUGAAAGUUCAUCCAUUAGAUGUUCGGCAGUGUGAGCCAAACAACCAUAUAAGUCCACGAAAUUUAGAACCAAGCCAAAACCUCUGGCUUCGCUGUAAAGAAAGGUUGCCAGACGAUCAAGCAUUGCAUCGGUGUGUUGUGGCUUAUGCGUCUGACUGGAUGUUCGUCCAAACGGUCUUAAGGCCUUACGAAGGAGACAGGCGGGCGAAGUACCGUCUAUUGAGCCUAGACCACUCCUUUACAGGAUGUGGUUCCAUAAAGAUAUCAAGGCAGACGAGUGGCUACUUUUCCAGAUCACAAGUCCACGAGCAAGCGGCUCCAGGGGCCUAGUGAUUGGACAUAUGUACAAUCAGUCAGGCGAGCUGGUGGUAACGGCCGUCCAGCAAGGUCUCGUCAGGCCACAAAAUCUUAGCUCCAAGUUGUGACAGGAGAGGACAGUUUUAAUUCUCCAGGAGCUCCCGUAGUUGCACAACCAUUUAGACACCAAUUUAGCUAACAGUUUUCUUGGUGAAGGUUUUCUGCCAUUUUAUAUUCUUGGCUUCUUGAAUUCGUUGUAGCUUCCUGAUAUCUUUUGAAAGGGUGAGUUUUGUUUGGUAUUCACAUUGCUCGUUCGUAGACGCUGAUGGAACAGCAAGGCCAGGCUGAAGGCUAUGGUGAAAGGGGCGCUCGAGGUGCAUCUCCGGGGAGCUACCGGCAUCAAAAACACAGAUUUCCUUAAGAAAUGCGAUCCCUAUGCUAUCCUGACUUGCUGGAGGCAGAGAUUUCAGAGCACCACUGCAAAGAGACAAGGCUCCAACCCGAUUUGGAACCAGAAGUUUCUGUUCGUGGUUGAAGACGGAGUGAGCGAGCUUUUUAUCAAGCUGUAUGAUGAAGACAGAUUUACUGGAGACGACUUUAUUGGCAGUGCUAAGGUGCCACUGAACAGAGUCCUGUCUGAGCUUGAUCAUCCGCUGGCAUCCUACAAUGUUAUUCGACCAUCCGGCAAGGUCAAGGGAGAAGUCAUGGUUGCAUUGAAAUUUACUCCAAAGGAAGAGGAUGAGGGAAGCUCUGCUUUUGAAGAAAACACAUGCAUGUAAAUAAAGGUGUUCAAUUCCGUUCAAAUUUUCUACUUGA